AUGAAUUAUCCCACGUGGAGUCGAACUGAAGUCUCUUUUCUUCUGAUGGCGAUAUGCAAGAAAAAAAAAUCAGGGAAUGUCACUUUGAACAAAGAAUUUCAUGGUACUCCGGUUGAAGGCGACACCAGCUUCAUGAGUUGGGAUCGAGAUUCAGACAGCAAAGAGAUCACCCUUUCUGGUGUUGUGAACCCGACUGACGUGUUCUGUUCAGUGCCUGGACGUCUUUCCCUGCUGUCGUCGACCUCGAAGUAUAAAGUCACUGUUGGAGAGGUACAACGACGACUGGCGCCUCCCGAAUGCCUCAAUGCCUCGUUGCUUGGCGGAGUGCUUCGCAGAGCAAAAUCAAAAAAUGGUGGACGCCUCUUGCGGGAGAAGUUGGAGAAAAUCGGACUGAACCUACCUGCAGGGCGACGGAAAGCCGCUAAUGUUACGUUGUUAACAUCACUGGUGGAAGGUGAAGCAAUCCACAUGGCACGUGAUUUUGGAUACGUUUGUGAAACCGAGUUCCCAUCCCGUCAAAUUGCUGAGUACUUGUCCCGGGGUUCCUCAGAUCCGGCUGAACAGUUCCGUCGCAAAGAGCUUGUCCUUGCCACAAAACAAGUCACAAAGGAACUGAUGGAUCUGCUCAAUCAAGACCGAAGCCCAUUGUGCAACACUCGGCCAAACAUCAUCUUAGAACCGAAUAUCCAGCGUCAUCUGACACACUUCUCUCUCAUCACUCAUGGAUUUGGUUCACCGGCCAUCGUUGCAGCACUUACUGCUGUCCAGAUACCUGAUGCACAUUUUUUAUUCCACGAAAUAUUCAUUCCAAACCUUUUCCCUUUGCAUACUGAUUCUUUCAAAGUAAACGAUUUAAUUUUGAUAGUAAACACAGCAUGCUUUUCAGGUCCAUUUGAGGUGGAUGCUAAGAUCAUAAAAACAAAGAAAAUUGUUUCGAACUGGUUGGAAAUUCCAGGAAAAAAUUGCUCUUUAUUGAAUGGCUGA